UCUUCGUUCGAUUUAAAGUUGAUUUCAUUCUUGGACGUGAAUUUCAAUCAAAAUGGAUGGAAAUUGUGGUCUGGAAUUGCGAAAAUAUGCAAAUAAGAGAGCCGCAUUCACGUUUAACACAAACUUUUGCCGUCACUAGCUCAAUUGCUGGAAAGUGCAACGUUUUCGCAGGUCAACCGGGAAUCAAAAGAAUUCAGUGGAAAAGAAGAAUAAAAGUCCUCAAACAUUUCCUUUGAACUGGCAGUUGGCAAUGGCAAUCAGUGGUUACCUGACUUCCUUUACAAAAACAAGAUGCAUCGUUCCCUGUGUCAAACGUUUGUCAUUUGGUUUUAUUUGGCAAGUAUCCGAAUUUUCCCGAUUGAUCCUGACUUUGUUUCACGAUUCAUUCAUUUGUUUCGCUGAUUUGAAGGUGGCUCGUUGCCAGUUGGAUGCCAAUAGAUGCGGAGAAGUGAUUGAAAUGGAAAUGAGCGACGACGAUAUCGAUACGAUUGUCGGACUUCACAAUGAUCUACGUCGUAAAGUGGCUUCCGGCCAAGAGGAUUUAGGAUCACCUGGCCCACAGCCAACAGCCACUUUCAUGCCCGACUUGGUUUGGGAUGACGAGUUGGCGGAUGCCGCGUGGCAAUGGGCACAGAAUUGCGAAUUUCAACACGAUCCCAAUCUUGACGAUAUGCAAAUGGGCCAGAAUAUUGCAAUCACGUUCAAUUCGAGGCAGUUGGCCAAACCAAACUGGGCCGACUCUGCUAUUUAUCCUUGGUACUCGGAGGUCGAAAACGUGGACUGUCAUAGCGUUUCCAGUUUCACGAGUCUUCAGGCAAGAAAUGGACAAAACAUUGGCCAUUACACUCAAAUGAUAUGGGCUGGAACAACAGCUGUGGGAUGUGCAGCCGUCGGUUACUCUGACGAUUCCAACCCUGAAAUGCCCUACAGAAUUUUGUACGUCUGCAAUUAUAGUCCAGCUGGAAACUACAUUGAUCAGCCAGUUUACGACGUAGAUUUCUCGUCUUCCCACUGCCCCGACUCUUAACAUGUCGGGGUUGAGUUGAAUUGAACAAAUCAGCGUCUUUUUUGAAACUCUUCAAAUGUUGGAUAUUAUUUUUAGUUUACAGUUUUCCCGUUUUUCCUUCAGUUAUUUUCUUUUUAAAAUUUAAUUCGGGUUGUCAAGUCAUGUAAACAUUGGCAACAGUCUUUAAUUCGAUGCAUGAAAAAGAAAUAAAUGGUGAUGGUUGAGAAAA